AUGUCAGUUACAGCCGCCUCCAACUCUAAGAAAUCAGGGGCACCCUCAUUAUCGUUUUCGUCAUUGCUAGACGAAGUUGUUUUGAAAUGCUUAUUCCGCGUUCCGAGAUGCUACGACCUAAACCUCUCUUUGGUCUCCAAAACCCUCAGGUCGUUCGUGCGGUCGCCAGAACUCUACCGUUUGCGAUCCCAGCUUAAGUCCGUCUAUCUCUCUUAUGAUCUAUAUCAACGCGGGUUGGGACGGUCCCUUAGCUACUGGAUCACUUUCCGUCCCGGUGAGAAGACCACUGACUAUCAGUUGGCGGAUGUCCUCCCGAGACCUUCUCUUGGUUCUGCAGUCUCUGUUGGAUCAGAGAUCUAUUUCAUUGGUGGAAGAAGCGUUCCCUCCACGGAGCUUUGCAUCCUUGAUACUCGAUCUGGUCAUUUACGGACGGCUCCAAGCAUGAAAGUGUGUCGGUCGGAUGUCAAAGUAGCAGGGGGAUUGGUCGACAGGAAGAUAUACGUAAUUGGAGGAAGUAAAGAAGAUAGCCACGUGGAAGAGUUUGAUCCAGAAACACAAACCUGGGGCUUCGCAGGCGAGGAGAAAUUGAAAUGUGAAUCCUGGUUUAGUGCGACUCUUGAGGAAAAGGUUUAUAUGGUGAACUGGGAUGGGAGAGUCAGCACGUAUAGUCCGAGAGAAGGUGUAAACAAUGAAGCAACGGAGAUACUAAGUGUAGGUGAUAACGUGAAGUUCUUGUGUGUGGUAGAGAAUGUGCUUUACGCUUGUUUUAAGUGGGGUGGGUUAAUGUGGUUUAACACAAAGCUCAAGGUUUGGAGAAGAGUGGUUGACCGUGAUGGGAAGGAUGGCAAGUUAGAACUGUAUUCAUUUGCUGCUGUUAAAAUGGUGGAAUACGAAGGAACGAUAGCGUUUUUCUGGCCACUACGUAAUAUUGAUCCCCACAAGAAAGAUCUUACGUGUAAAUUGAUCGCUUUGGAUAGGGUAGGAGAAGAAAUCAAUGGGAGGAUUGAGUGGUCUGGUAUCGUGGCCACAUUGCCGCAUAACAUUCGUUUGAAGGAUUGUUUAGUUGUUUCCGGUUGA